AGCGAAGAUGAUAACGGGAACGACACCGUUUGGAGGAAAGCAUAAGAAAGGGAACGAAUACAAUGACUAAACUUUGACCUCCCAAAAUUGGGCCAUUUUCCUAACCCUAACCACGCAUCACCGCCAUCAUCGUCCACCUUCCGGACACCAAUCUCUCUCACCACUCUCCCCUUUCUUCAAUUCGCCACUUUUUCUCUUCAAUUUAAGGUCUCUCUCUCUCUCCCUUUCUCUCUCUACCACCGAAAUUCUAUGCACCUGAAGACAAUCGUGUAUUCUCUCACCCACCCGAAUUUCAGUGGAUCCUGCUAAGGCCAGAUCGAGGUAAACGCUACUCGAUUCACAAUCAGAUUUGGUGGUUUUCUAUUUUUACUUUAAUUAUUUUUAGAGGCAAUGCAAAUUGGGAGUUGGUGACUCAUGCAAGUUAUGAAUUUGGGCACUUGAAUUUGUUGGGUAUGCUCCCACUUGGUUCACUGGUUAAGAUCAAUAGUUAAAGUUAAGAUCUUUUUUCAAUUGGGUAUUGAAGGUUUUGUUUUUGUUUUAUUUUGCCCCCUUUUGGUUGACUAGUGAAUUAGAUUUUGAUAGUGAUGUCUGUGAACAAUAAUAACCCUUCUAAGGGCAUUGGAGCCUCUUCCUCUUCCUUUGGCAAUGCUGGAAUACCCUCCACUGCCAACCCUGGAUUUUCACAGUCCCAAUCUCAACCCCAGAUUCCUGUUGGUUUUCAAGGGCAGUUUCCACUGUCCCAAGCCCAUGCUAUUGUCCAAGCACAGUCUAAGGCCCAGGCCCAGGCCCAGGCUCAUGCCCAAGCAGCAGCUGCAGCCCAUGCUCAACUCCAGGCUCAUUUGCAGGCUCAAGGGUUGAGUCUUGGUCAGAAUCAGGUCGGGGGUUUGGGGGUGUCGUCGUCGGGUUCGACGCCUGGCAAUGUGAGUGGGAAGCGGAUCCCUCUGAAACCCCCAAUUCGUCCUGUUGGAUUUUCCCCUGCCAACCACUUCUCGCCUUUGAGACCAAUGGAUCUUACACCUGCCGCACGGAGGAAGAAGCAGAAGCUCCCCGAGAAACAGUUACAAGAUAAAGUGGCUGCUAUACUGCCUGAGUCUGCUCUGUAUACCCAGCUUCUUGAGUUUGAGUCUCGUGUCGAUUCAGCACUUGCUAGAAAGAAGAUUGACAUCCAGGAAGCGCUGAAAAAUCCACCUAGUAUUCAAAAAACUCUUCGCAUAUAUGUAUUUAACACUUUUGCUAACCAAAUUCGCACAAUUCCUAAGAAGCCAAAUGCUGAGCCUCCAACCUGGACACUGAAGAUUGUUGGGAGGAUAUUGGAAGAUGGUGUUGACCCUGAUCAGCCAGGAGUAGUUCAGAAGUCAUCUCCUUUAUAUCCUAAGUUUUCAGCCUUCUUCAAAAGAGUAACCAUUUCUUUGGACCAGAGACUAUAUCCUGAUAAUCACAUUAUUAUGUGGGAGAAUGCUCGAUCACCUGCCCCUCAUGAAGGUUUUGAAGUAAAGAGGAAAGGGGAUAAAGAAUUUACAGUGAAUAUACGGCUGGAAAUGAAUUAUGUGCCUGAGAAGUAUAAGCUUUCACCAGCAUUGACUGAAGUUCUUGGUAUUGAGGUUGAUACCCGCCCAAGAAUCAUUGCGGCAAUCUGGCACUAUGUGAAGGCUAGGAAAUUGCAAAACCCAAAUGACCCUUCUUUCUUUCACUGUGAUCAGCCUCUUCAGAAGGUAUUUGGGGAAGAAAAGAUGAAGUUUACCAUGGUUUCACAGAAAAUAUCAACGCAUUUGUUCCCUCCACAACCUAUACUUUUGGAGCAUAAGAUCAAACUCUCAGGAAAUAGUCCAGCUGGGACUGCUUGUUAUGAUGUGAUGGUUGAUGUUCCGUUUCCUAUUCAGAGGGAGUUGUCUGCAUUAUUGGCUAAUGUUGAAAAGAACAAAGAGAUUGAGACAUGUGAUGAAGCAAUAUGUGGAAUCAUUAGAAAAAUCCAUGAACACCGUAGGAGACGGGCAUUCUUUCUUGGUUUCAGUCAAUCACCAGUAGAAUUUAUUAAUGCACUGAUUGAAUCUCAAAGCAGAGAUCUGAAACUUGUAGCUGGAGAACCUAGUCGCAGUGCAGAAAAAGAGCGUCGAUCAGAUUUUUUCAAUCAACCAUGGGUUGAGGAUGCCGUUAUUCGAUAUUUGAAUCGCAAACCAGCUGCAGGAGGUGAUGCUCCAGGAAGCACAUGACAGCAGGGGUACUAUGGCUCCUUAUCCAAGUCAUUCAUCCCUUUUGGCUAUGCAUUUGAAUACACAUAUCGAGAGUUUCUAAAGCAGCUAGUUUUCCAGCUUUUCCAUGCUAUAUGAGUGGCUGGAAGGAAUGCUGCUCCAUAGUAAUACGCUAUGUUGUAUGAUUAGUGUGAGCACAACUAGUUGCAUUGCUGAUAAUUGCUUUGUUAGGUGAAAAAUUGUACCACAGUUUUACGUUUCUUAGUUAUAGUCCACUGAUGUGGAUUCUUUGGCUACCACACAGUUCAUUUGUCCACGCAAGAUGCUUAGACACUAUGAAAAAUUGUAUUAGGAUGAAUUGAUUGGUGUACAGUAUCUUCAGUUGUCUUGUGACAGCAUAAGUGAAGAGAAAACAAAUGUUGCAAGCUAAGAUUGCUUAGUUAAUCCACCUAUAGGUGCUGUUGAAAUUGAUUUUUGGACUA